AUUUAGUCUAUGAAACAGUAAAGAAUAUGGCGGCUGUCUCUGCAACAGCCGAUAUGAUGAUUCAAAAGAAUUCUCAGAUUCUAGUGAACGUGGAAGAAGCGCUUGAAGAUUUAAUUGUUGUAUCAUAUAGUAGUGAAGAUAAAAAAUUUCAAGGUGUACUUCUUGACUCUAAUAAGAGUAAUUUACCAUUUGGUGUAUAUAGUCUGCACCCAGCUUUCACAAAGCAAGUCGAAAAUGUCGAGAACAAAGACGACAAACUACAUUCCGUUAGUCAAAGAUUUACUUAUCAAGAACCUCAGUACGCAACUGAAGAUGUGCAAAAAUCUAAAAAACCAAACGCAAAGUCGAAGUCUCAGCCUAGACAAAAGAUGACAGUCCGCUUAAGACCAAGAAAGGUAUUGUGUUCAAAUUGCCAAGGGAUUUGCAAUGAAAAUAGUGAAAAUGUAGACGUGUCCAAGAAGCGGAAAUUAGAUUCGGAUGACGAUUCGCCCAAGGAUGGUUCUGAGUCAUCGAAAUUAGAAAAAAAAUAUCUGAUGGGUAGCAUGCUAAUACCGAAACUAUCUAGGUUACAACCAAAUGAAAUAACGAGUGCUAUAAAAACAAAAAAUAUCUCAAAACCUGGUGAGAAAAAUAGACAUGUAAAAAAUGUGAAAUCUGAUGAUGAAAGUGACCAAACAACUAGAGAGUUGGCUUUCGUUAGUGUUUCUGAUAACAGUGAUAUGUGUGAUAAAGAAGAUGGUAAAGAUAGUGAUAAUUCAUUUAGUAACUUAUUUUCGAAUGCCAGGACACUUAAAAUUAGUUUUGGUGAAGGUGAGGGAACUGUGGUAAAAAUACCUCCAUUAGGUGGUGAUUUUAAUGAAGAUUCUGGUGUUUCCUGUGAUAUGUCUAAGCCGUCUAAACCAGAUUCAAAGGCUGUAAAAAAAGCACUUAAAAAAGCUAAAAAACAAGCAAAGAAAAAUAGUGAUUCUGUAAAAGCAGUUGAUCUAUGGAUAGAACAAUCGCCAAAACACAUUGGGGCAUUGUCACCACGCAACAAUGUUUCGAAUAGUCCACCUUUAGACCCAUUAGAAAAGAAACACAAGCAUAAAGUUAAACACAAAAAAAAACAUAAAGUACAGAAAAAACGUGAUGAGAACUCAAGCAAAUGUGACGAUGACUCUAUGGACUACUUCAGUAACAUUAAGGAUUGUCUGAAUCAGAAGUUGUCCAUCAGUUUGCGUAGAUUAAGCAGUAAUUCUUAUGAACGUAGAGAUGAUGAUGUGUCAGAUGAUGGGGAAAGUGAAACUGUGCCAGACUUUCCUGCUAACAGCACAGAGGGUGUUGGUGGACAAUUAUUACGUGUAUCUCCUGGUGAUAUUGUCUGGGGUAAAGUUGUUGGAUUUCCAUGGUGGCCAGGGAGGGUACUGAGUGUCACCCCAACAGCUCGAGCUCAUGUAGCGUGGUAUGCUUCAACAACAUCAUCACUGAUGCCAUGUGAUAGCCUAAGUCCAUUCCUAGAAGAUUAUAAGAUAAGAUACAACAAAAAGAAAAGGGGUCCAUAUAAAGAGGCCGUAAAGCAAGCAACUAUUGAAGCAAGGCAAAUUGAAUCUCAUGUAGAUCCACUAGCAAGUCCGACUCAGGCUAACCUUGCAACCGCUUCACCGCGCCCUAUUGAUGUGUUCUCAUAAUUGUGAUUAAGGUAUACUGCCGAAUUUAAAAAAUAAUGUGAUAUUUCUGUCUGCACAAACUCAUUGACCAUUAGUUGUAAGUUAAAGGUUAACUGUUGACAUUAAGUGUAACAAUUUAAAAUUAGUGGUGCAAGUUUGACGUCGUUCAACAAUAUUGGUACUGAUUCUAGUGCACACAAUCUUCAAACUUCUUUAACAUACCAUAAUAAUCUCUUUAUUCUUUUUAAUUCCACAUAUUAGAAAGAGAGAGCAAUAUUUGUAUUGGCGUCAAUUUAGUAACAAUAAUAUCAUCACUAUUAUUUAUUUUAAUUUGAUUGGUGGUUAAUUUUUUUGUACAAAAUCAUGUUUAAGUUUCUCAUACAUAUGCGAUGUAUUGUCUACUGUAUUGGCAGCUCGGAAUUUUAUAAAAUAGAAUAUUAUUAUAAAAUUGAUGAAGUAGGUUCGAUUUUUUUUUUUUAAUCAAUGUGCAAUACCUUCAUUUGAAAUAAAAACUGCCUUUUAAGACUUAAUUAUUAAUAUUGUAAGAAUAAUAAGAACUGCUGAUUUACUUUUAAUUUUACUGUUUAUUGCGUAUACAAGUUAUAUUGGUGUUGUUCAAGUGAUAAUUCCUAAAAUAAUUUGGCAGGACUAAAAGUAUUGUUAUCUCGUCCUUCCUUCAUGUGUGCGAUAAAAAGGGAUGGUAAAUCUUUCCUUCCUGUCAAAUUAAUUCAGGUAUUAAGUAUGUACAACAGAAUUAUCAUUGUUGCUGUUAGUGUAAAAGAUCAUAUGUAUAAAUACAUAGUUAAAUGUUUUAUUAAUAUAUUUUGUUCCUCCACUAUCUCUAUGGUAACUAAUGAUUAAUGUAACUUCUAUAACCAUGAUGUAGGACUUCCUCUGGGUAGUAGUGCUUCGUGUAAGUCCGUCUAGGUAGUACCACAAAUUUACGUUAGGUCAGUGGGGCUAUUACGGUUAGAGCAUAGCAACUGUUGCUAUCAAAUAUUUGUUGCGAAUUGAUAAAUGUUACAGUCGAUAAAUCAGUAUUAUGGAGUAUUAUGCUACUGCAUAGGUCAAUAAUACUGAUUUGUAAUUAUUUAAUUUGUAAUCAAUCCGCACAAAUAUUCGAUAGCAACAGGUCACAUCUACUACCAAACAGCAUGACUAGGUUGUAAGCAUUAUUGUUACCCGGUUGAAAGAUGAAUCAGUCAGUGUAACUGCAGACACAAAGGACAUAAAGUCUUAGUUCCCAGGGUUUGCGGUGCAUUGCUGAGGUAAGAGAUGACUAAAAAUUUAUAUAUCUUCAAUUGUCAAUGUCUAUGGGCGUUGGAAAUCACUUACCAUCAGGUGGCGCAUUUGCCAGUCUACAUACCUAUAUUAAAUAUUUAAAAAAGUACCUAUAUUGUAUAUAUGGACUUUUGUACUAACAGUUAUGCAUUGUAGCUUUAUUUGAGUUCAACUCAUUGAAAGUUUAAUUUUUUUUCCAGAGUUAUUACAAAGCAUAUAUUACUUUUGAUAUUUUAAACAUGUUUAGUUUGUUAUUUUACAUUGAUAUUUAUUUUAUCUGUUUUAUAUUAUAAUAUCUAUGUACCUAUCACAGAUAAUGUUAUUUUUGUAUAUUAAUUUUUAGAUUAAAUAAAAUGUGUUAUUGCCAUUCCUUUGUCAUGGUUUUGAAUUGAAAAAAUAUCAGAAAAAAACAAUUGUUUGUAUUAAUUCUUUUUUCAAAACCAAAUGGUUAGGUUAUAUUUGUUAUUUAUUUUUAAGAUUUUAAAAUGGUUUAAAAAAACAUUAGUAAAUCAUUUAUUUUGUUAAAAUGUGUUUAGUAAAUUUCCUUUUUAAAUUUUAUUUUGAAUUAGAAUAUUAAAAAAAAGUAUGUAUGACAAACUUUAAAAUUAUGUUAUGAAUAAUUUACUUAAUUUACUUUUUUACUCUAUUUCAUCUUAAUACCAGACGAAAAUAUUGUAUAUCUGAAUGUACUUAGUGUCCGAAUCUUAUCAAAUACACAUUCCCUCGGGGUCAUUUUUCAGAUUUCGAAAUUAUUAUGAAAUACUAAUGGUUACAAGGUAAUGAAACUUCGAAUUUAAAGGGACAAGAUUUCAAAUAUAUGUAAAAAUAUUCAAAACCAUACUGUACUUUUAAAUGUCUAUUACUGUAAUGUACAUAUAUAUUAUAACUAUGUAACUUUCUCUUGUAAUUUAUAAAAUAAAGAUCGUACAUUUAUGCUGUUGUCUCUUUCGAGCAAACGAUUAAUUGCUAUCUGAGAGAGAGGGAGACAAAAUCCAUUAUCCAAAUUAAGUAAUACAGCAUUUUUGUUGCAAAUUAAAUUAUGAUUAUUGUUUUGGUGCCAAUUUUGUAAUAAAUUUGAAAAAGUUUCAUUAGACGAUACUUAAUGCUCCAAUAUGUUUUCGCAUAUGAUUGAUAAAAAUAUUUAGUGCUUAAAAACAGUUAUGCCAAAGAUUAAUGAUCUUUGUCGUAAUUAUAAAAAAAAAGAAAACUAUAGUAAUGUGUUUAAAUUAACAUAAGCUGGUACAUUCUAACGUGUAUUUCACUACAGGAAUUGUAUUUUAAAAAUAAAAGUAAGUUGUACAGGAAA